CGCCUCCCUGUGGAAAAUGCUGACAGGAAAGUGAAGGCGGGCAGUUUCCCGCCCGCACCUUCCUCUUUCUGUGGCAGGGCGAAGGGGACAAGCCUGGUGCUAGAACCUGCGAGUCUGGGGUGGAGACGGCCCGCCCCACACGAUGCCUCAGAAGCGCCGGUAACAAUCCCCCCGCGCCGGACAAGACAGCGGCUCCUCCUUCCCGGUAACGGUGGGGCAGGGCCACACCCCGCGCCCGGAUCGCCUUUGCCCUCUGCGUCCUGCAGAUUCGCCACAACCCCUUCUGGCCUCUGCCGUUCCCGGAGAAGUGCGGGGAAGGCCUCGACCCGGUGAGGACUCCAAGGCGAGCAGGGCAGACAAACCGCCUCCCCCUUAAAACAAGAGACCCGCCGCCAGCAGGUUGGAGGAGGGUGGGGGUGGUGUGUCGAAAGUGCGGAGCAGAGCGCGCAGGCGCCGUCCUCGCAGCCGCCCCGGCCUGGUGGGGAACAAAGAGAGCGCGGCCGGCGCCGGAGCGGAAGUACAAAUGUAAUGUCAGGUGGCUGAAAAUUUGCCUAUCAAAAUGUCAAAAAGGCCAUCUUAUGCCCCACCUCCUACCCCAGCUCCUGCAACCCAAAUGCCCAGCACACCAGGGUUUGUGGGAUACAAUCCAUACAGCCAUCUGGCCUACAACAACUACAGGCUGGGAGGGAACCCGGGCACCAACAGCCGGGUCACGGCUUCCUCUGGUAUUACCAUCCCAAAGCCCCCCAAACCCCCAGACAAGCCCCUGAUGCCCUACAUGAGGUACAGCCGGAAGGUCUGGGACCAAGUGAAGGCGUCCAAUCCUGAUUUGAAGUUAUGGGAAAUUGGCAAGAUUAUUGGAGGAAUGUGGCGAGAUCUCACUGAUGAAGAGAAGCAAGAGUAUUUGAAUGAAUAUGAAGCUGAAAAGAUAGAGUACAAUGAGUCCAUGAAGGCCUACCAUAACUCUCCUGCGUACCUUGCCUACAUCAACGCAAAAAGUCGUGCUGAGGCUGCGUUGGAAGAAGAAAGCCGACAAAGGCAGUCGCGCAUGGAGAAAGGUGAACCCUACAUGAGUAUACAGCCAGCAGAAGAUCCAGAUGAUUAUGAUGAUGGAUUUUCUAUGAAGCACACAGCCACAGCUCGUUUCCAAAGAAACCAUCGUCUCAUCAGCGAGAUACUGAGUGAAAGUGUGGUGCCCGAUGUUCGCUCUGUUGUCACUACAGCUAGAAUGCAAGUUCUUAAACGCCAGGUUCAAUCUUUAAUGGUUCAUCAGCGUAAACUAGAAGCUGAGCUUCUGCAAAUUGAAGAGCGUCACCAGGAAAAGAAGAGGAAGUUUUUGGAAAGCACAGAAUCCUUUAACAACGAGCUUAAAAGGUUAUGCAGUUUGAAGGUGGAAGUGGAUAUGGAAAAAAUUGCAGCUGAAAUUGCUCAAGCUGAGGAACAGGCUCGCAAGAGGCAGGAGGAAAGGGAAAAAGAAGCAGCUGAGCAAGCUGAACGCAGUCAAAAUAAUAUAGCAGCUGAGGAAGAUCAGACAGCCAACAAGAUCGAGGAGAAGAAAGAAGAGGAGAGUGCUCCAAUGGAGACAGAAGAGCCUCACCCAGAAGAGAGCACAGAAAACCAGCAGAAUGGUGAAGAAGGAACAUCUACCCCAGAUGAUAAGGAGAGUGGUCAAGAAGGGGUCGAUAGCACUGCGGAGGAGGGAACCAGUGAUAGCAACACUGGUUCGGAGAGCAAUAGCGCGACAGUUGAGGAGCCUCCUGCAGACCCUAUCACUGAGGAUAGCGAGAAGAAAGAAUAAAUACUGACUCAUUUCAUGUGUCUCUUUUUAAUGAAGUACUGGUUUGAUUUCAAAAUGUGCUACGCGGCUUUUUGUAUCUUCCUUGCCUGUAUCACUUGUCUCCAAAGGAUACUGGGUUUUAAUAACGUGUCAGAUUAUCAGCAGAGUGACUUAAAGGGGCCUUUAGAGGCAAAGGAUAUCUUACCGCAGACAGAAAAGAAAACCUCGUGUCUCUAAAUAGCUGUACGAUAUGGAGAGAUACUAUCGCUUGGGAUUUCUUCCCUAGAAAGAUAGCAUUGGUUUUGGGUUUUGUAUUAGAAAUCAGGCUUUCUCCCUUUCUUCUAGUUACAUGACCGCAGUGCAAAUGUCUCUCUCAAACACCCUUCCUGUUCACUUGUGGCCAAAGGAGAUGCAGAUGUGCAUCGCCUCUGGUGCAGCCCUCCUGACCCAGCUCUGAGGAACUGACUGCCCCAACGCCCCGGUUAGUGGAACGUUCCCUGUGCUCUGUGAGGCUGGUGAAGCAGUGCGGUUGGGCUGUGGUUAUUGGCACUCACUUCCUGGAGAGAUUAGAACGUUGCUGAGGCAUCCUAAAGGCAACAUUGGUAUUGAGCAGAGAUGCUGCCUGGUGCUUUGCUUGUAAAGAAAGCUCACGAGUAGUACUCCCAAGUAAGGCUGAAAGACCUGGUCUUAGGGUGGUUUUGUGUAAUCUUUGUUGUCUUUUAUAGAGUAGCUGUUCUACAGGGAUGGAAACUUGCUCAGCUGCAUGCAACGUCUAAGGAGAUCCAAAGGACUGAGUAUAGGCGUCUUGAAGUAAACAACAUGUCUUAGGGGUUUUUUCUGUGAUGCAGGAUUCUUGUCAAACACAGUCUUUGCUUUGCUUUACCAUUCAACUCCUUUGCUACUAAGGUAUCCUGGUGUGACCUCAGCCAGAGAGAUGGCAAAGUACAAAGCAGGAGAGCGUUUAAACGUGUUCUUCGAGCAGGCAGUCACUAAUAUGGCACAAAUGGUAAAAAAAUAGUAGCUUUGCUUGCCAUGAGCUUUCAAAACCUCUGGGAACUCUACAAAUGUACUGAAAAUGCCACGUUUUGCCCUAUAUAAGCAGAAGCCCUACCGCAGGAAAAAUACACUUAAUUGUAACAACCGAUACAAGCCGUUCUAUGACUACAACUAUAAGAGAACACAUGAUGCGUAUGCUUCAAUAAACUAGUAUGUUUUUAUGGAAUAGUGGGUAUAUCAGAUGGCAAUGUUUUUUAAAUCCUUUUGGUCUUUUUUUUAAACGGUCUAAAAAUAAUAAAAUCCAACAUGUUUGGUUUUUUUAAACUUA